AUGUUCACCAGUGAAUCUCUGCCAGAAAGAAGAAUUGUUCUUCUUGGAAAAACAGGAGAUGGCAAAAGCAGUGCUGGGAAUACAAUUCUUGGAAAUUAUGUAUUUUUAAGUGCUGCUUCACCUGAAUCUGUGACAACUGAAUGUGCUAGCAGUGAAAACACUGUUGAUGGAAGAAAGAUCAGCGUUAUUGACACACCUGGAAUUUUUGAUACUAAUCAUGAUGAUAAGAAGAUCAAAAAUGAGAUCAUACGAUGCAUGAUUGAAUGUGCUCCAGCUAUUGAUGCCUUAGUCAUUGUCCUGAAGGUUGGGAGGUACACAAAACAAGAAAAGAAGAUUGUGGAUACAAUUUUUGAAUAUUUUCAAGAAAAUACCUUUAAACACUCAGUGGUUUUAUUCACUGAUGGUAAAAAACUAGAAAAUCAAAGAAUUGAGGACUUUGUUCAGAAAAGUCCAAAACUACAGGAGCUGGUUGAUAAAUGUGGAGGUCGCUGUCAUGUCAUCGACAACAAAUACUGGAACAACUGUCAUUCAGGAGACAAGAGCAACAGAGUUCAGGUGAAAAAUCUGAUGGAGACCAUCGACAAGAUGGUGGAAGAGAACGGCCGCUACAGCAAUGAGCUGCUUCAGACGGUGGAGGAACACAUUCAAGAGGAGAUGAAGAUAAAUGAGGACAACUUGCCUCCAGAAGAGAAUCAAGAAAAAGCAAAGAAAAUUGUUCAUAAAAAAAUUCUGGAGCAAGUUGCUGGAGCAGCAACAGGAGCACUGAUUGGUGCUCUUCUGGGCGCAGGUGUUGCAUUAGCUUCAGUUGUGGCUGUAUUACAAAAAUAUUACCCUUUAAAGAAACUGAUAAAAGCCAAGGUAGAAGCUGCAGUUACAGGUGGAGGAGGAGCAGCGGUUGCAGGUGCAGCAGCAGUGGAGAUCGGAGCAGCGGCUGGAGGAGGACCAGCAGGGGUUAGUGCAGGUAUGAUCACUGCAGGAGUUCUCGGAGCUGCAGCUGUUGCAGGAGCUGCUGGAGGAGGAGUCGCUGGAUGGAAAGCGGCAGAAGACGCUGAUUCAGUGUGUGACGCCAUGAAGAAGGCAGCAACAGCUAACUAUGAGAAUGCAAAAGCUACUGUUGAGAAAAUACAAGAACUUUUUACACUUGCAAAAAAAACCCCAUAAAUUUAUUUUGAAAAUAGAUAUUUCAUUCAUUUUGUUAUGAGCCCCUGCUCUUUCUUUGCAUUUGUAUUCAGAAAUGAUCUCCAGCCUCAUUAACUAUAGCGUGCAGUAAUAGUUAUUUUUUAAUUGGCUUCUUAUCGUUUUAUUAUGUAAUUGGCAAGAUACG